CACCUACAUAAAUUGUUGUAUAUAAUGUAAAUGUUAAUGUUAUUAAUGUGAAUAAUCCGGCUGAGAAUCAUCCAAUUUUUGAGAAUAUUAUAGGAAUAUUGGAACUUUUUCGUAUAAAAGCAAAGAAUUGACUGCAUAAUGAAGUCCAGUUGUGAUUUUCAGUCAAAUAUUUAAUUGAUAUUAGCAGCAGUUAGUUGAGGAUUUAAUUUGCUAGAUGGACCCCCGGAUCUGAAAAUGCAUGAUAACCCCCGGGUAUUAAGUGAACAACAACCAUUGAGUGUUAUCCGAUCUCCAUGACAAAACGCGUGUCAAACCCCCCUGUUUUUGCUCAGUGCAGGUAAGAAAUCCGGUUCCAGUUUGCCUGUUAGGUACAUUUCAAGUUGGUUCCGCUGGAAAGGGAGCAACGCACGAGGACAGAGAGAACUACAGCAUUGGGGCAGUGCCCAGGCAGUCCAGAGUCCCCAGGCGCUACCAAAAAGAGGAAGGUAAAAGAAAUGUCGUUUCCUGUUAACCGAAACAGUGUUUUAGGACAGGAAUUUUGCGCUCGCCCAAAAGAAAAACUGAAUUGUUAUAAUGUCAACAACAUCUACGCCAUCUUCAUCAUCUAAGAUGCAGAGAAUAUUUCAGUGGUUGCCUAAACCAUGGAAACAGACUGCUAUUUUUGUUGCAUUUUUCGUAUUUCUUUUGUUGACAGUGAACCUUAUCAGUAAUACAAAAAAAAUUCAAAGAGACAAAACUAUAGAGGAAUUACAGCAGAUGGUUUCGAUAACAAGAAUAGAUACCAGCAAACCAUCAACAGAAAUAAACCAGGAAAAAGUCUAUAAAAAAACAAAUAUGGUAGAUAAAGUCUCCUCUGAACUUUCGAAAAUCCAAUCAAAAAAGCUGAUACUGUUCUACACAACACUUUGGGGGAGAGAAAGAUGGAAAGGCUUUGAAACAACUUUAAAUUUCAAUAACUGGGGUGGUCAUCCAUGCAAAGUACAAAACUGUGAAAUAACACAUGACAGGGAUGCAGCACCUAGGGCUGAUGUUAUACUAUUUCAUGCUUUUGCUUCAGACAUGGUUAGUCAACAAGAACUAAAGCUUUUGUCUAAGACUAGGAGUGUCGAUCAAAUUUGGAUCUACUUUGUACAUGCCACACCCUAUUAUGCUGUACCAAAUCCAGUGUUUUUUAACAGAUAUUUUAACUGGACAAUGACAUAUCAACAUAACUCUGACAUUGUUGUGCCAUAUAACUGGGAGUCAGGUACAUGGGAGAAAAAAGCCACAACAAAAGAAGCAUCAAAAAGUGUGAAUUAUGCUGCCAGCAAAGACAAGCUUAUGUCUGCAACAAUAAAUUUUUGUGGAUUAUUACGGGAUAAAUUUGUCAAAAGGCUGCAAGAAUAUAUUGAUGUUGAUGUGUAUGGAUCAUGCUCGUCAACAUUCCAUAAAAAACGCAAAGAAUGCCCUGCUAAUAAGCCAGAAUGUGUAACAACAAUGAAACGGUACAAGUUUUUUCUAGCAACUGAGGAUGCAUUUUGUGAAGACUUUAUAACUUCAACAUACUAUCAAACACUUAUUGAUGGUCAUUCUGUUCCAGUUGUCCUAGGUGGUGCAGAUUAUAAAAAAAGGGCUAUUCCAAACUCAUACAUUGAUGCUCUUGAAUUUGAAACAAUAGAAGAACUAGCCAAUCAUCUUAAAUAUCUUGAUCAGAAUGUCGAGGCAUACAACCGUUAUCAGAAGUGGCGAGAGGAUUAUGUGCUUGGUCCACCAAGAUCUUGGUCAUGUGAAAUUUGCCGUAAGAUAAAUGAAGAGAGGUUAGAGCGAAAGAGUUAUGAUAAUUUGGGGAACUGGUACAGUAUCGAAGAGAACUGUGGAACAAGAGUUGACAUAUUUAAGGAUUUGCUUAAAAGGUCAAAUGUUACAGGACCAUAUCGUGAUCGUCACAUUCCAGGUUAAGGACAGUGAAAUAAAGCCUUAAAACGUUUUGUAUGUUACUGUUUAAAUUCAAGGGUAGUAUAUACCAUAUUUCUUGGCAUAUAAGUCAAGUUUUUAGGUCUGUAAAAUACGUAAGAGAAGUUGACCUUCAAUUGAAGUUGAACUAAAGAACUGCAGAAUUGUUAUUCAAAAAUCAAGAUGCCAAAAAUUAAUGUAGAAUGAAACAAAAUUCAAGGAAAUAGUUUUGGAAUUUGCUGUGGAAUCAGCAAAAAUUUGUUUUUUAUCAAUGUCCUCAAUAAAAUUUUGAGUGUUUACAAUCAAUGAGGUUAAGCCCAAUUUUCAAUCAAAAAUUAAGAGUCAACUUUUUCUUCUGAGUGACUUAUACAAAUGUUUAAAUACCAAAGAAAAACUCAAGUGAAAUGUUUAAAAUUUUAAGUUGUGUAUAUUUGAAACCAUGCAUUACAAUCACAUCUACAAUAUAUUAUAGAAGUAAUUUUCAAAAGUAUAUUUCAAUACAGCAUCUUUGAUUAUCACUCUUCAUAUUGAAUGUUUUUCAAUGGUUUAUAUUUAUUCAGAAUCUUAUUAAAGACAGUAUUCUCUUCCUAUGAGAGUCUGAUCUGAAAUUAUUUCAAGGUUUUAUUACUAAUUAUAUGGACAAAGUUGCUUUUUGAUGUUAUUUUAAGGCCCUUCAAAUGUGUAAUAAUUUUUGAGCCAGCAUUCACAGCAAAUAAGAUGUAGCAAUGUCAGCAAAUAAAUUUGUCUUUAUUUAGUUUUUUUCUCACAACGGGGAAAACUUUUGAGCCUUUUAAUUUUUAUAUUGAAUAGUUAAAAUUUUGUAGAAAACAGUUUUGCCUUGCUAAAUGCAACUAGACUUUUUGACUUUGAAGCACAGCAUAAGGUUGCCCCAACAUGUGAAAAAUAGGCAAAACAGUUAUAAAUUUAAA